UCCUCACCCUCGAGCUCUCGCGAUAAGGCGGCGGCGCUCUGGGACAUUCUCGCGGGGCUGGUCGGGAAGCUGCAUGUGCUGUUCGGGUCGGAGGCAGCAGCAGGAGGAGGAGCCGCCCCCUCCCCCCGAGAGUGCGGCGUGAGGGGCCAGCCGGGCUUGUGAGAUGGCAACGGAUACAGCUGAGUCCACAGUCCCUGACUGCAAAGGAGAUCUAAGGAGCAACGCCAGGUCAGAUGCAGACUAUCCCCUCCGGGUCCUCUACUGUGGAGUCUGUUCAUUGCCAACAGAGUACUGUGAAUACAUGCCUGAUGUGACUAAAUGCAGACAAUGGUUAGAGAAGAAUUUUCCAAAUGAAUUUGCGAAACUUACUGUAGAAAAUUCACCAAAACAGGAAACUGGAUUUGGAGAAGGUCAAGGAACAGCAGGAGAAGAGGAGGAGAAGAAAAAGCAAAAGAGAGGUGGAAGGGGUCAGAUAAAACAGAAAAAGAAGACUGUACCACAGAAAGUUACAAUAGCUAAAAUUCCUAGAGCAAAGAAGAAAUAUGUCACAAGAGUGUGUGGCCUUGCAACUUUUGAAAUUGAUCUGAAGGAAGCACAAAGGUUUUUUGCUCAGAAAUUCUCUUGCGGUGCCUCGGUAACAGGAGAAGAUGAAAUCAUAAUUCAGGGGGACUUUACAGAUGACAUAAUUGAUGUAAUCCAGGAGAAAUGGCCUGAGGUGGAUGAUGACAGCAUUGAAGAUCUUGGAGAAGUGAAGAAGUGAUUUUGAAAGACUGCCUUUAUUUAAUUACAUGGUUAUAGUUGACAGAGCCAAAGCGAGGCUUCUAAAUGCAUUACUCUGCAGUAAAACUGUAGGGUGUCCUUACCCAUGGCAUUUUCACCAUUCUAUAUAGGCUGCUUGGUUUGUUUUUUGUUGUGACUUUUGCCAAAGUUCAACUGGGGGUUCUAUCAUGCUCAUGCAUGAAGGUAGGGAUUUAAUUAAAUAAAGUUAUUGUUCCUCACUGA